CAGAGGGCCCAUUGGCUUUCAAUCUUAUCGUUGCCGCUAUGUGGAGUCCUACGAUUCGGGAAUGGGACGUGUUAGGCUCAGGUUAUCGUAUUGAGUUUGCUACUUGUUCGACUAGUUUUGUUUCGAAUAUGAAUCACUUCCUUUGGGCUGAUAACUGUUAUGUUUUGGCUCGGAGUCGGGGGGAACUCACUCGCAUGCUACGCGGUCUAGCUAUACAUCUACACGAAUACGGUGUGAAGUGGAAGGAGUCCAGUCUAUUGUACAUGGUGUUCGGUGCUGCUCCUCCGCGUGAUGCUGAAGGGGAAAUGCUGCCGUCUCUGGACCUGGUGUAUCAAAGACGAGUAGAUAUUCUGAUGAAUACGCUGGACGGCAUGCAGAGUAGGUAUUCGGUGAAUGUAUUCGGUGAGGCCUCCAGAGGCUGGCCGAGACUUCUUCCCUCAUUCGUUGUGUGAAUGGAACCAAAGGGCUGACUUGCUGACUCAUCAGGCCCGCCAGUGCCAAGUGUACGCCGAUUUCUUUUACCUCAGUGAUUUUGAAUCGCAGUGCUUUACUCCUUGCCUCAUCAAAGCUGGCCUUGAUGGGGGUGUGUGCAGCCGCGGAAGUGCCUGCGGCGCGUGGAUACAGAUCGAUCUGCGAAAUAAGUACAUCUUCUCGCGGACUGGCAUCACUUACAAGGAUGUGUAUCUCGCAGCAUGGUGUUUACCACCAAGUGCUACGGUGACAUGUACUGAUUUAUCAGCGGCGGAGCGCAUCUGUGAUGUGCCCCCACAGGUUGUGCAGAACUUCUUUGGUCAUUCGCACGUAUAAGCCACACUUGUUUUUCAUUUCUACCAUAUUCUUCUUUGCAUAUUCGAACAGCUUCGCUGUAUUGUUUGUUCUAUGUAUGGUCUUCAGUGUGCUUUUGCGUUUGAUGGUGUCAUUGCGUGCUUCUCAUUCUCUUUAUUCCAACAGCUUCGCUGAUGUGAGAUAAGAGCUGACUGCUUGCGUGGCAGAAAAGAGGCUCCGCUUCGCCGGAGACUUCGUUAGACCUGGCCUCAGCGGCCAAGAUGGUCCCAGCAAAGACGCAAACAAAAACCUGGUUGACGGUUUACCGCCGGCUACCAGUCUGCCCAGUCUCAGCCUGCAUCAGCCAUCAGCCUCAGCCUCAGCCUGAGCCUCAGCCUGCCU